AUGUCAACACCAAAGCGAUCGUAUCCUUUUUACUAUGGUGGUAUGGCCUCAUGUAUAGCCACUGCUAUCGUUCACCCAUUUGAUCUCGCAAAGGUCCGUCUGCAAAGUGCAAAGGGUGCAAACAAGGCUGGUAUGCUCACCACACUGGCAAAUAUUGCCAGAAACGAAGGCUUCGUUGGUCUGUACAGCGGUAUAUCUGCCAGUCUUCUCCGCCAGGCCACUUACUCGACUGUUCGUUUUGGUGCCUACGAUAAACUCAAAUACCAAUUCACAAGCAACAAUGAGAAAUUAUCUAUCUGGAAGAUGUUAUUGUGCUCAAGUGCAGCAGGUGCAAUGGGUGGUGCAUGUGGUAACCCUGGUGAUAUCAUCAAUGUUCGAAUGCAAAACGAUGGAUCGCUUGCCCCAAACAUGCGUCGGAAUUAUAAGCAUGCUCUGGAUGGUGUGGUCCGAAUGACCAGAGAGGAAGGCCUGGGAUCGCUGUUCCGGGGCAUUGGUCCCAACAUGAACAGAGCCAUCUUGAUGACUUCUUCCCAAUGUGUGUCCUACGAUCUGUUUAAGGACUAUGUGCUCCGUUAUACACCAAUGACCGAUGGCCUGUCAACCCACUUCCUGUCUAGUUUAUUGACCGCUUUGGUUGCAACAACAAUUUGUUCUCCUGUGGACGUUGUAAAGACUCGGGUAAUGGCUGCUCAUUCAGGUGAAACAGGUCUUUCUGCAAUGGGUAUUACUUCCCAGAUGUUGCGAGUGGAGGGACUUAGUUCCUUCUUCAGGGGCUGGACUCCAGCAUUCGUCCGUCUUGGUCCCCAGACUAUCAUUACCUUUGUUGUCAUGGAGCAAUUCAAGAAAUGGUCAGACAUGAUUCAGGACAGAGAAAUUGCUGCCAGUGGUGCUGUUCAAUUAUAA